UUUUCUUGCCCUUCUAUCGGUUUAUUCUAUUUCUGUGAGAGUGGAGCAGCGCGUUGCCGCAUCUGAGCAUCACAGUCAUCAUGUCUUACAAAAUGAUGGACAACAGUCACUCUCAGCCGAGAGAUUUCAACAACCUCACUCAGACAUGCAGCUCAAACAUCCAGAAAAUCACACAGAACACUGGUCAAAUCAAGAGCAUGCUGUUCCAACUUGGUACCAGACCAGACACACCAGAACUUCAGGACAGACUCCAGCAAAUGCAGCACUACACAAACCAGUUAGCAAAAGAGACCAACAGACAUCUGAAAGACCUGGGCUCUUUACCACAGCCACAAUCUCCUUCAGAACAGCGGCAGCAGAGGAUUCAGAAAGACCGUCUGAUGAAUGACUUCUCAGCUGCCCUCAACAACUUCCAAGUGGUCCAGCGGCGAGCCGCAGAGAGGGAGCGUGAGUCAGUGGCGCGGGCACGAGCUGGCUCCAGACUCCAGGUUGAUGAGCUCAGUCAAGAUGAACAGCUUGUGACAUUUGAAAAAAAUGAAGAAUGGAGGAUGCAGACAGAAGAGGAGCCUUUAACCGAAGAGGACCUUGAGCUUAUUAAAGAGAGAGAGACCAAUAUCCGUCAGCUGGAGUCAGACAUUAUGGAUGUGAAUCAGAUCUUCAAGGAUCUUGCGGUUAUGAUCCAUGACCAGGGUGACAUGAUAGAUAGCAUUGAAGCCAAUGUGGAGAGUGCAGAGGUGCACGUGGAACGAGGAGCUGAACAACUGCAGCAUGCGGCUUAUUAUCAGAGAAAGUCCCGCAAGAGGAUGUGUAUUCUGGCUCUUGUCCUGUCGCUAGUGGCAACCAUCUUUGCUAUAAUUAUUUGGCAAGCAAUCAGAUAAGAUGAGAGCAGGAUCUUACUGAAGAUCUGGAUCCUACUUCAGUGUUGAGUGAAUGACGUAUGUAUGCGUGCGUUUAUUGUGUUAUAUGUGCAUGUGCAAGCACAUAUAUUUGUGAAAAAAAAACCCUUCAAUGUAAGAAUGGCUUGUAAUGUUGUGAUGUGAACCUAAUGUCUCAAACUUUUCAAACCAUAUACCCCCUUCCGAUCUAAGACAAUUAUCAAGCAUCUCAUCACCUCAGAUGUCAGCUCAAACAUGGCUCGAUGGCUAGAUACAUGGGGCCUCAUUUAUCAAUCGAACGUAGAAACGAGUGCAGAUCCGUGCGCACAAAUCAACUUACAACAGAGUUCACAUGUGAUUUAUGAAACAUUCGUAUGCCGCCAGUCCUGCCGUACAAAUGACCGUACGUUGAAAAAUGUGGCGGCUGAAAACAAUCGUCAUUUAAAUAUUUAAAUAUUUACAACACAGAGAUACAAAACCUGGCCAAAAAGAGGAAGUGAACUCAUGACAGUGAAAUUGAUUUUACUCUAAAAACACUCUUUAACCUUUUAUUUGCAAACAAUAGCAUUAAAUUAUACAGUAUGUAUAUUAAAUACCAAUAAAUAUAACAAAACAUUUAUAAACAUUAUAGCCUAUUUAGUUCUCCUUAAUCCACAACAAACUUUAAAUUGAACGGUAUUACAGAACAAGAAUGAAAAAUGAGUAGCUUUAAAAUUUUUAUAUUCAACUAAAAAGUAAAACACAAAUUAGGCUAGUGAAUACAAAACACAAAUGCUGAGCUAAAAUGAAUGAAUAAGUAAAUCGAAACUAAACGGCACUGGGCUCACAAGCCUCUCUCAUCCAAAUGUUUCCAUUUUUUGCCAUGUAACAUUUGGUUGCUAAACUGUUAUCCAUGAUGUUGUUGAAAUGGAAAAUAAAAAAUAAAAUACAAAUAUUUAGACAUAAAAAAAAAAAGCACUAUUAUCCAUGAUGUAAACAAGUGCUUGUACUUCACUUGUGUUGCAAUAUCCAUGUAAAUCAUUCUUCACAUGCACGCUGAUUUUACAGCAGACCUUGUUAAAUUGAGCAGUGUAACUUUUAUGGUUGGCUGACUGCAUUUUAGUUUGAUUAAUGGCUGAAAUGUCAAGUUAGCAACGCUGAAAUUUGUAUGUGUGCGUGUGAGGCGCCUGCACGAUCAGUUACAUUUAAUAAAGUAAGUAUAUGACAAAUAAACUGCAUUAAGUGUGUCACAAAAACUGAAGUGGCCUAUACUUGUCGCAGAGGUUUUUUUUUUUUUUGUUAAUCUGUUAAUUAUUUAAGAGAAAUCUAUUUUGUGUAGGCUAGCCCUAUUUAUUUUGUUCCUUUUAUAAUUUCUGUUUUUCUCUGUUCACCGAAGUGCAGCAGGUGGGUUAUGCAACGAUGUGUGAAUCCUCUUGGUCUAUUGUUUGUGCUGCAUAUAAAUUUGUGCAUAUUUGUUUGUCAGCCAGGAAAAUAAUCUAAAUAAACAAAAUGCAGUCAUUUUACAAUUAUCCGAAAUUCUCAAUGCUGCACGGAAAAUCAGGCUAACUCAAAAACUUGCGAACACAAGCUCAGACCUGACGUGAGAUUUGAUCGUAGCCACCGCUCACGUCCAUAUUGAUAAAUUCCAAGCUUUGCGUAGAAACUUUUCUGUCGUACAUUCAUUUCAUAAAUGAGGCCCAUGGUGUAUUUUUGUUUAUUAAUAUAGAUUAGAUCUCAAUAUUAAGAGCCAUUCAUGCAGAAAUACAGAUUGUUUCAAAGUGUUUUCACUGCACAUAUGUGUUAAAUAAACAUUGCUAGUAAGAAAAUAGUUUCCUCUAGAAAAAAUGUUUGUCCAUGAAAUAUCUGGAGCAUAUACAGUACAGUAUUAAACAUGAUAAGGUUUAAGUUUUCAACCGUUUGCAUGAAUGUAAUUCCUUUUAAAAUGUAUUUUGUUGCUGCAGUUAUUGAUUUUUUUUUUUCAACUGAAAUUAUGCAAAGUACUAAUACUUAGUUUAUUCUUAAGAAAUAUUUAUUUCACAAAAUUAUUUCAAAGAUUUCAGUCUUGUGUAUGUUUUGAUGCACAGUGCUUUGAUUCUCACAAGUAAAUGUAUUUCUUAGUAGUGCAUAAUAAACAUGAAAAAGUUUUAAUAAAUUGUUAUUCAGUGCUUA